AUGGCAAAGUACGGCGAGGGCGACAACCGUUGGAUCGUGCAGGAUCGAGCGGACGGCGCGAACGUGCACAACUGGCACUGGGCGGAGAAGGACUGCAUGGAAUGGUCGCGGCGGCGCCUGGGGGAGCUGAUUGGCGGGCUGACGGUGCUGGAAGGGGAAGGCGGGUGCUGGAUCCGCACGGGAGCGAUUGAAAAGGUGGAUGGCGAGGCGUACGUGAACAUUCGGAAGGGGAAGAUCAUUCCCGGCUACGAGCUUCACGUCCGUCUCGGCUGGGAGGGCGAGGUCAAGGACUCCGCCGACGCUCAGCCCGUCGCGUCCGUUAAAGGCUUCGUGGAACUGCCUUAUAUCGCGGACGAGAACCACGACGAGGAUCCCGAGGUGAAGAUUGCCCUGGCCACGGAAUCCGCGGAAGGAAACGGUGGAGGGUCGGCAGCAGCCAAUAGGCUGCGAGAUGCGAUGCUGGCGCGAGGCAAGCCGCUUAUUCUGGAGAGAAUCCGCACGUUCGUUAAAGACAUCCAGGCUGGUGGUGUCAACCAGCGGUUGGACGAGAACAAGCUGAUUAUGCAAAAGUGGCGGUUCAGUAGCUGGCCCGAUGGGCAUUACUCCACGGUGUGCAUAACCUUUGAGGAGCCUCAAGUGGGUGACACCAUUCUGCGGCUCACACAAACCAACGUGCCUGAAGAGGACAGGCCUCCAGCUGACAGCAAGAGUGCUGUUGCGGACCCUGCUGCUGCUGGCGCAAGUGAAAGUAACACUGGCGACAAAGUCAGCGGGGUCAGUGAGAGCAGCAGUAGUGCUGACAGCGACACGUGGGAGGCUCGGAUUCGCGCGCUGGAAGAACAGCUAGAAAAAACGAACGUGGAAACUGCGUUCCUGAAAGCGCGGAACACGGAGCUGCAGGCUCGGCUGUUAGCUAAGGAUAACGAGGUGCGCCCUCAAGUGGUGAAAACCAGACUGCCUGUCUCAACCGCAGCAGCAAAGUCAGCGGGAGAAGCGGAGAUGAGAGGAGGAACGGGAGGGAUUGGCGGUAGGCUACUCAAGGCCCGAGCCAAUCAGUCUCCUCUCCCCCGCCUCCCCUCCGCCUCCUCCCCGUGGAAGCCCAUCCCCCGCCCGCCCAUGCCGUCCCCUGCCUCCCAAGCGCCUGCGCAAUCCAAACCCUAUGUUCUGAGCCGUGUAAAGCAAGAGCCUAGAGACAGCAGCGGUGGGCUACAGCACACGGGCGUGGUGCAGCACACGGGCGUGGUGCAGCAUGAGGGGCGGAGAGACGAGGGCUUGUCCGUGAAUUCGCAGUCAGGUCUGGGACGCCAUGCCGGGAUGAACACUGGGAUGGGGAACGCGGCUGCUGAGGGGGGUAUUGGAAUGGGUACGGGAGUGAUUAGUGGGGUGGAUGCGGAGGUGGGUACAGAGGCGGUGGCGGAGGGAGGGGUGGUGCUGGUGGUGCGGCCGUGGGACAGUGAGGGCGUGGCACGGCUGCAGCAGGAGCUGGCAGAGGCAAAGGCGGUGCAGCAGGCAACAGCGGGGAAGCUCAAGGCGGUUGAGCAGCAGCUGGGAAGACUCUAUGCCGUGCGAGAGGAGGUGAGCUUGGGCGUCAAGAAAGGGAUCGGUAAGGGUUACCAUGUAACACAUGCGGUUCCUGUGCGGCAUGUGUACACUCGCAGCUGGGUGUAG